CUUGUUGAGCAACCACACAGGCCCCACCCCAGGGUUCACGCAUUUUCCUAAAAAUGGAUGCUUUCUGCUGCUUUUCAACUAAUGAGGUGCAGUAUUCGAAGUGGGUAAAGGAAAUCUUUCCGUCCCAGGUUCUUUCUGACAAAAUUCCUGCAGGAGUUUUAAAGAAAAAGCUUAAUGAUGCAAAUGCAUAGAAAUAAAAGCAAUAAGGUGGGUUAGGGGAAGAAGCUGGUAAGAUUCAGUUUGGAAGAAGGAUGAAGCCAAAUUUGCUGGAAACUGAUGAGCAAGAAGCAAGUAAGCCAAUUAGCAGAAAAGGGGGGGGGAAGGGAGUGACUAAAGGUGAAGUAAGGAAAGAGACUUGAGUUUGAAUAAAAGACUGGUUUCAUAAAGCAAGGAAAAUUAAUAAAAAUUAUAGGGGACCAGAUUUGCAGGGUGGAUAACAUACCAACAACGUAGGGAUACUGGUUUUAAAUGUUAAUGCAGUAUCAAAACUAUUAGAUAUUAUAGAACAGUUUAAGGUUGCCCAACACUGUGUCAAGCUAAGUCUUGGAUGCGUACAACUAUGGAGAGUCCAUAACCUUUCUUUGCAAUCUGUUCCUGCAUUUGACCACUCUUACAGAAAAAGAAAAGUAACACUGUAGCAGCAGUAUCUCUGUGAUAGCCUGACCCAUGUCUCUACAACAUAGGUGAACUUUAUGUCUUCUUUAGUUCUUUCCCCAUUCUCUUCCUUAGAGUUCAUAGCACAGUUAGCCAGUCUUCUCCACAGGAGAGGAGGAAAAGAGGCUGAAAGUGAGCAGCAUAUCCACUUCUGUCUGAGGAUACUUCUCCCUGCAAAGCGGAGUAACUGAGCAAAACUGCUCCAUCACUAAAGAGAAUUUGCAGUUGUCUGCAUUUGACUAGCUUCCUCACUGCUUCCCAAAGUUGAGAGGCGUAAGCUCUGGAGAAAGGACAUUAUUCUAUUUUGAAGGCAAAUAGUAUAUUAAAGAUGCCAGAGGCUUCUUCAAAGAUACUUUGUCUAAGAGAGAGAACACUCUAAAGGAUGGCCAAGGAUGUCAAGGACUACAAGAAAGGCAUUUAUAGGUAUGUCAGUGAUAACAGGAAGACUAGGGAGAAUGUGGGCCUUCUCUGGAAGGAAAUGGGAGACCUGGUUGCCCAAGGAUGUGGAGAAGGCUGAGGUACUCGACAACUUUUUUGCCUCAUUCUUCGCUGGCCAGGGCUCAAGCCACCCUGCCCAAGUCACAGAAGGCAAAGGCAGGGACUGGGAAAUCGAAGAACCGCCCGCUGUAGGAGAGGAUCAGGUGCAAGACCAUCUAAGGAAGCUGAAGGUGCGUAAGUCCAUGGGACCUGAUGGGAUGCAUCCACAGGUCCUGAGGGAACUGGCAGAUGAAGUUGCUAAGCCACUAUCAAUCAUAAUUGAGAAGUCAUGGCAGCCUGGUGAAGUUCCCACUGUCUGGAAAAGGAGAAACUUAACCCUCAUUCUUAAAAAAGGUAAAAAGGAAGAUGCAGGGAACUAUAGGUCAGUCAACCUCACCUCUGUGCCAGCAAGACGGUAAAGCAGAUCCUUCUGGAAGCUCUGCUGAGGCACACGGUGGGGAGAAAGGGAGGUGAUUGUAUGAGGACAGGUUGAGAGAGUUGGUAUUGUUCAGCCUAGAGAAGAGAAGGCCCUGGGGAGUCCUUAUAGCAAUCUUCCAGUACAGAAAGGGCCUACAGAAAAGCUGGGGAGGGGCUCUAUCAGGGAAUGCAGUGACAGGAAGAGGGGUGAUGGUUUUAAGCUGAAAGAGGAUAGAUACAGAUUAGAUAUUAAGAAGAAAUUUUUUCCUGUGAGGGUCGUGAGGCACUGGAACAGGUUGUCCAGAGAAGCUUUGGAUGCCCCAUCCCUGGAGGUGUUCAAGGCCACAUUUGGAUGAAGCUUUGAGCAGCCUAGUCUAGUGAGAAGUUGUCUCUGCCCAUCACAGGGGGGUUGUAACUGAAUGAUCUUUAAGGUCCCUUCCAACCCAAACCAUUAUAUGAUUCUAUGAAAAUAGACUGGAGCUGAAAGGCCUUUGAGAUGCAGUCCCUGAUAGAUUUUUUUUCAGAAGCUAGUUCUAGUCGAAAUCAGUGGUUGUACAGCCCUUCUUCUCCAGUGUGUGAAAUGGUCUCACUGUAUUGCAGCCAAUUUCCAUGAGGUGUCCUGAAAACUCAGUGAAUAGAAAACACUGACAAUACAAAACACUUAGCAGUUAAGACAGACUAACUCAGUGCACUACCAGCAUCUAAUACAAUAAUUGUUUGAUUAACCUUGCUACAAGUUGACAGUACCUUUAGAGAAGCAGUCCUUGCAAACUAGUCUGGAAUAAAACUUUUUUUGGUGAUGGUGGUUUGUUUUUUUCAACUGCAUCAGUUUUCUGAUCUUAUUUCUAGCACAGAACAUGAACACUGAUGGCAGGGCCACUUCACUUCUUAGCUUGUUUAAGCUGAUCCUGUAGUACAGCAAGUUGUCCCACUUUUCAUUUAUGAGCAGAGUGCUUUCUAAGUAAGGCUUUUGUCCCUCUUUUGAGAUGGGGGGGAUAAAUGAGUAACGGGAAGAAGUUCCUGUUUCUAAGUCAGUAACACAGAGAUGGCAGAGGGAGGAGUUGAACUCUUAUGUCCUUGUACAACUCCUUGUCCCUUAGGUUAUAGUAUCAAAAGAACCUUAGCUAUUUCAUUUUCUUCAGAAACAUCUAGUACAAAUGCACAUUAGUCUGGACAGCUUCUCUGCACUGGCUCUUUUUCUGUUGUAUUACAGCUCUUUUAGAGACCUCUUUUUGCAGAAAAGGUUUUCUUGAGAAUUCUUGCCAGGAACAAGAAUUCCCCAUCUUCCCGUGGAUGUUAAAAUCUCUCACAUCUCUUUUGAAUUAUAUUUUAGGUUCUUUUUUAUCUGCAUCUUCUUCUUGAUGCUCAGAGUUAUUCAAGGUUCAAAUUCUCUAUUGCAAGCCCAUAUUUUAGUCUCCUUAAUAUUCCAGGUAAGUAUAAUGUUUGGAAGGCAUAUUUCCUACUGAAUUGUGAACUGAUCAUCGGUGGUUUUUUAUACAUGAUUUUCAACAUAGCACAUGAAGAAACUUGCUUUUUUUUACAGGAGGUGUAAAACCUUCCUAAGGAUACUCCUUCUGCUUCCUUUAUUAAACUCUAUCUCUUCCAUUACCUGGGCUCUCAACAGUUAACUAAGCUGUCAAUCAUCCUCAUACCUGCCAAGGUGAUAGACUCCAGGCCCAAUAUGGGGAGGUAAUGUGGGUACUUGGUAUAACAUCAUAUGGAAAGUUAGUAGGGCUUGGACCAUAGCAACACGUUUGCUUUGUGCACAGCGCUCGGGUUAAAGCACUUUGGGCAGUGAAAGAGCAGAGGUACAGCAGCUGGGUGUAGGGCAGCUUUUUCUCUGCUGGGGCUAAGAAACUCAAGUAGUUGCCUGCCUCUGUAGGAAAUAGGGUCUGGUAUAAAGUCACUUGGAUGUAUUUGGGAAAUGUUGCUCAAGUAUAGUUUUCAACUACUAAAUUAGUGCACCAAACCUUUUAAAUACUGCAAGCAUGCUGGAGUACCUAAAUGGUCUAGUUUUGCUUUCAUUAUUCUUUAGUUUGGAUGUAAGCACUUGUUUCUCUCUCAUCUUUGACACCAUCAAGUUGCUCAUUUGCAGGCAAAUUUUUGGAUUGUAGAGGUAAAAAUAGUUUAGUUCCUUAAAAAUUUAAUCUAUCUUAAGUAAAUUAAAAACCUAGGUUAUUCUUCUUAGCCUUGAAUUAUAAAACAGCAGAUUAUAGAACCAUGCUGAGAUUAAAAGCUUUGUUUAUCUGUAACCUUUUUGUGAGAUUAUCUUACUGUUUCUUACUGUAAGAAAAACUCUUGACAAGAAAUUGGGGUGGGGGGGCAAGUUACUUUAAUGCUGUGAGGCCAAGAUCGCAGUUCUGUGUGAUCCUGCCCCUCCUUUCAGCCACAUCUAAAUGUAUGUCACCUUAACUAAAGGGCUUGCAGAAUUUGGAGACUCUCUUUUUGACUGUGCUUUGGGUUUUAGGGGGGAAGGUGGGUUUUUCCCUGUGGUGAAAUCCAGUGUGUGAUUUAGUAGAAUGCGAUGUUAUAUAAACUAUCUUUACACCUUCUUAAUCUAAUAAUAUUGAAAAUUAGUAAUAGCCUUUCAGCUUCGGUAGGCUUCUUAAUCUCCCAUACUGAAACCUGUCUGGGUAAAAGAUGGCUAUCCAAAGGCUGUAUCUGGUUCUGGGAGAUACAUGCAGAGUUGUGACUGUCGUCCAGUAAUCAAUAUCCUGUUGUCUUAUCAAUGCAUUUUAUCAUGAGAUACUUCAUUAUUUUCAAGGGAUUUUUUUUAAAAAAAUAUUUUUAAUAAAAACCUUUAUCCAAAGUUUAGGGAAAUAGUUGGAUCAUCCAGUCAGACUUGCUAAUGAAGCGUGUAUUUCCCAGUGUGCGUCAGAUUCUGAACUUUUUACCGGCACCAAAGAGAUGUUUAAUUUAUAUAGUUAAAGCUAUGCUUCUGUCAUGGGUGGCCAGAGGUGAAUUUCAGUUCUUGGGACAAAAAGAUAUUACUUAUACCGUCAUUAUCACCAUUAUUCUUUAUACAUACGAUGAAUAAUUCAUACUUAACUGAAAUCUAAUGUGGUUGAUGCAGUUCAAUUAGUAACUGCUGCCUGAAGUUCUUAAUAGCUUGGUUAUUUGGUGUAAUAAUAUUUACCUAUUACAAAUAACUUUUUUUUUCCUUUUAAGUAUUUUCCAGGUAAAUAAAUUAUUCAUUGCAUCAUCUUCGUAAGGUAGACAAUGUUAUUAGCUCAGAUAAAUCGAGACUCUCAGGGAAUGACUGAAUUUUCUGGAGGAGGAAUGGAGGCCCAACACGUGACUCUUUGUCUAACAGAAGCUGUAGCCGUACAAGGUGAAACCUCAGAUGGUGACAACUUAGAAAACAUGGAAGGUGUAAGUUUGCAAGCAGUUACCCUUGCUGAUGGCUCCACUGCUUACAUACAACACAAUUCUAAAGAUGGUAAAUUAAUGGAUGGCCAGGUGAUUCAAUUAGAAGAUGGUUCUGCUGCUUAUGUUCAACAUGUACCCAUGCCUAAAAGCAGAGACAGCUUGCGUCUGGAAGAUGGACAAGCAGUUCAGCUGGAAGAUGGAACUACGGCGUUUAUUCAUCACACCUCGAAAGACACUUAUGACCAGAGCGCGUUACAAGCAGUCCAGCUGGAGGAUGGAACUACUGCCUACAUUCACCACACGGUGCAAAUGCCGCAGUCAGAUACCAUUUUAGCCAUUCAAGCUGACGGCACAGUGGCAGGUCUUCAUACAGGAGAUGCUACCAUUGACCCAGACACCAUCAGUGCUUUGGAGCAAUAUGCAGCCAAGGUAUCUAUUGAUGGCAAUGACAGUGUUGGUGGCACAGGAAUGAUAGGUGAAAAUGAACAAGAUAAAAAAAUGCAGAUUGUCUUGCAAGGACAUGCAACAAGAGUGACUGCAAAAUCUCAGCAGAGUGGAGAGAAAGCCUUUCGCUGUGAUUAUGAUGGCUGUGGAAAACUGUACACAACAGCUCACCAUCUUAAGGUGCAUGAGAGGUCUCACACAGGAGACAGACCAUAUCAGUGUGAACAUCCUGGAUGUGGCAAAGCUUUUGCAACAGGGUAUGGGUUAAAAAGUCAUGUCCGAACACACACUGGUGAAAAGCCUUAUAGGUGCACAGAAGAAAAUUGCACCAAAUCAUUCAAGACUUCAGGAGACCUGCAGAAACAUAUCCGAACCCACACAGGUGAAAGGCCCUUUAAGUGUCCGUUUGAAGGAUGUGGCAGGUCAUUCACAACAUCUAAUAUUAGAAAGGUUCACAUCAGGACACAUACGGGGGAAAGGCCUUAUUACUGUACAGAGCCAGGAUGUGGGAGAGCUUUUGCCAGUGCAACCAACUAUAAGAAUCAUGUGAGAAUACACACAGGGGAGAAGCCCUACGUCUGUACAGUUCCUGGUUGUGAUAAACGUUUUACAGAGUAUUCCAGUUUAUACAAGCAUCAUGUUGUACAUACUCAUUCCAAACCCUAUAACUGUAAUCACUGUGGGAAAACAUACAAGCAGAUUUCUACGCUUGCUAUGCACAAGCGGACAGCACACAAUGACACAGAGCCCAUUGAAGAAGAACAAGAGGCUUUUUUUGAGCCGCCUCCAGGUCAAGGUGAAGACGUUCUCAAAGGCUCCCAGAUAACCUAUGUGACAGGUGUAGAGGGAGAAGAUGUAAUUUCUGCACAGGUUGCUACAGUUACUCAGUCAGGAUUAGGUCAACAAGUAGCACUAAUAUCCCAGGACGGAACCCAACAUGUCAACAUCUCCCAGGCAGAUAUGCAGGCCAUUGGCAAUACUAUCACUAUGGUAACACAAGAUGGCACCACCAUCACAGUCCCUGCCCAUGACGCCGUCAUCUCUUCUGCAGGAACACAUUCUGUAGCGAUGGUCACUGCAGAAGGCACUGAAGGACAGCAGGUUGCUAUUGUGGCUCAAGACUUAGCAGCAUUUCAUAGUGCCUCAUCAGAAAUGGGACACCAGCAACACGGGCACCAUUUAGUGACUACAGAAACUAGACCUGUUACAUUGUUGGCUACAUCCAAUGGAACACAAAUUGCAGUACAGCUUGGAGAACAACAGUCUCUGGAAGAAGCCAUUAGAAUAGCCUCCAGAAUACAACAGGGUGAAACACCAGGGAUUGAUGAUUAACUUCCAAAACUGCUACCUGAACAAUAGAGUGAAAAGUAUUUUAUUUUAAAUCAACUAAGGUCCAUGCCAGCAGCAACCCAUAAAAACCUUUGAAUUUCCCUGCAUUGAUACUGUGUACGCAUUUUAUGCAAGAAUGAAGAACAUUUUGUAAGUUUUGUGUACAUAACCCUCGGAAUGGACUGACAUCAUCUACUUCCAACCAUUGUAUAUUCAGGAAUAUGGAAUUAGGAUUAUAUAGUAAAUUUCCUUGUUAUCCUUUCAGACUGGUCUACAAGCAAGUGAAAAUUUAAAUAGCACUCUUUGGAUUAAUUUUUGAUGUCAUGAAAAUAAUGAAGGCAUUACUGAAGAUUUCAGAUGUUUAAAAUACUGUUGAAAAUCGUCAUUUCAGGAACCCUUACAAGUAAUAAAGAAGACAAAGCCUUUUAAAGCGCAUUCCAUAAAUGGAAAAGUCUUGGAUUUUGAGCCUACUGUAAAUCUUCAUAUUUUGAUUUGUUUCAUACAGAUUUGAAUACUCUUUAGAUUACUGACCCCAUCUCGUUUGUUGUAAAUACAGACUGUUAAUGCUGGAAGUGCUAAUUAUAUUAUCUUUAAAUUGGAUUAUGUACAAAGGAGAAACUUUGGUUGCUCAAUAUUAAAGGAAGUAAAUAUAAUGAUUUUGUUUCUUUACAUAUUUUACUUAAGACGUUACUCUCAGAUUAUUAUGCAAUAAAAUAUAGCAAGAUUGUAUUGUCUAGAUAGGAUGAUGUUGUUGUGUGACGUACUGUUUUACUUUAUAAUGAGACUGAAGUUCAAAUUAUUUAUUUACGGUCUUGUAUAAAUUUUUCCAAAGUUUAUUUAUCAUGAACUCUAAUUUUUGACAUAUUAAUUUUGAUCACAGUCCACUGUAGUGUAUUAAUUAGUGUUAAUAGUUAUUUUAAACAUUCUAAGACAGUACAAGAAUGAUUAAAAUAGUAAUUAGUCAACCAAUUUUGACUAAGAAGUAAGCUACCUGUUGUCAAGAGAAAUAUUUUCAAAUGGUGCAUUUGUGGCAUAAGUACAAGUACUAAUAGUUUAUUUUCAACAGUUCCGAGUGCCUGCUGCUACCAUUCAGUACCUAGGAUAUGCUGAUAAUCAGUGCUUUUGAAAAUCAGGACACAAGUUACUAGGAAAAGGGAUUAGUUAAUGAAGAUGUAAGUACAGUGCUCCUCUCCACCUAUCAUUCUGUAAAGGAAAAAAAUUAUGUUGUAGAUAUGUCUUGACACAUACAGUAAAACGUAACUUGAAACUUUUUUAUAUGAAAAAGUGUCUGUACUCUUGUCUUGUUAGUAGGCUUGUUAUCAAGUUGAAUUUUUUUGGCUUCAUGUAAGGUUCAGUGCUUAUUUCAGAUAAGUGUCAGGAGCACUUCUGAAACUGAAGCCUCACUUUAUACCUUCUCAAGGGAAGCAUUAAACAUCUCCGGGAUGAAACAUUAAUCAAGUAAUCAUUUUAUAAGUAUUGUGAGGUACACAUUUUACAUGAAAAAAAUUAAGUCUAUAACUAUAUACCUUGAGGUAUUUGACCUCAAAAAGGCCAGGGCUGAAUAGAAUUAUGCUAAUUUAUUGUGAAUUACUGUAUUAAUGUGGGUUGCAGCCUUAUAUGUUUUUCAUACAGAUGGCCAGUUGAGAAGUGCAGUUGAAGAAUACAGAAUUGUGGGAUAGAUGUGGACAACGCAAAGACUAUUCUCUGGAUCGAUUACAAAGUAAAACUUGGAAACAUUGAGUUUGUCUGUAACUUCUGAAUAGGUUUGAGGCUGCUUGCUCACUUAGGUGCCAGUUUUCCUGAAGUGUUGUAAUUCUUGAUAUCCCAUGGAGAUAAAUGUACUAUGCAAGGAGGAUUAAUUGCCUGUCAACUAGAUCAGUUUCUUAGUACUUAUCACCUUUUAGAAAUUAAAGAUGUAUCAUUUGACAUGAAUAUUCAAGGAUUUUUUUCUUAAAUUUCAUUGCUAAUUGUUUCUGGAAAUGGUGGAUGGAAUGGUGGUUUUGACUUGGCAAAGAAAUAACUUCAGUUCUUGCUGCUUCUUGUUUCCCAGGACAUUUUCUGACUGCUGUACAAAUGUGAGUAUUCUUUCCUCUUUCAUACCCGUUGGUUUGCUGCCGGGCAUUCAGAAAUAGCUCAGUCAGGAAAAGCUGUGGUAUUUUUAAAAUUACAUCUCUUACUAGUAUCUUACCAGUUAUUGUGGCAAAAUUCCCAAGUCAAAGUUUGUGUUUCCACAUUGUGCUAACUACCCCUGUACAGGAAAAAGUACUGAAUAAAUAAACCAGACUGACUUAGACUGCUUAGUGUUUAAAGAGAAGCUGAGGUGAUUAUAUGUGCCUUAGCUAUGAGGCCUGUAUUCAGAAGUGUGAUUUUUGUGCUCUGCUUCCAUUCAUACCAGAGUGGAAGGAGCUGUUUUGAGGAGCUGAUGCUGCCGGUUGGUGUUGGAAGGACCCAUUUAGAACAGGAUGAAAUUGGGUUAGAUAGGAGCAUUGGUGCAAAGGUUGCAGGAAGAGGAAACAAAUAAUAUAAUGAAGAGUAUCGGGCAUUUGGCAGUGGAACUCUCUAUCCCCCACGGAUUUUACACCGCUUUUUGAAAUUUCAGUAUCGAAGGGAAUGCUUUGGCACACUAGCAGGAAAUAAUUUGUAAAAGAGGAAUCCUCUAAAGUAAAGUAAGUCAGUAUAUCACUUCCUCUUAUAAAUUGGCUCCCACAUUUCCAGUCUUCCCAGUCUUUCUUAUAUGAAUUCCAGGCUUACAUCAACUCCUCCCUUAAAGGAUUAAAAUCAAAACCUCUCUAGACCUUGCAGUCAACUUUUCCCUUUUGUAUGUCUCUACAGUUCUCCACCACUGUGGGCUUUACUUUUCUUGACUGUAGAUCAGUGCCUUUCCCGAUAGUAAAGAAGGAGGCAAUUAUUUUCCCUGCUCCAGGCUGAUGACCUAUUGUGCCAGACAGACUAUGCAUAACAAUGGGACAGUUAUUACCCUGAAGAGCUAAUGCCAAAGCACACGUUGAAAGACCGUGUUUCUAUAAGAGUAAAUCCUGAAGUCUGACAACAAAGCUGUAAACAGCCAUAAUCCCUGAUGGUGUAAUUAAUCUCAGCAGCCCAUCAGCUGACCGAUACCAGAAAUUCAGGCAGUGUGGGAGAGAAGGCAUGUGGUGUCUGCUUAGCACAGACAGACGGUGCUGAUACUCAAGAUAAACAAAAUGCCUGAGCUUGGAAGGCUGUUAUUCCUUAACUUUACUCUAGUUUGUAACCCUCAUAACCACUCAAGUACUGCGGGGAGUAAUUAGUUCGACUGAUGCUUUGGUGUCUGUGAUGAUCGUGCUGUACUAGAAUAUGAAAAAAUCACUCCGCAUGGUGUGUGCUUGUCAGAGCACAGGCUCGGGGAGCCUCCCUCAGGGACAGGAAGCGAUUUAAUUGGUGUUUAGCCACCAGGAAAAGAGUGUGGAGUACGAUGCAAUCAAGAGUGUUUCUGAAUCGGGCAACUUCAGCACUACAGCUGCUGAGGUUAGUCAGAUUGCAUGCCUUAAACUGACCAUAGCUUCCACUUACCAAGAUGCUGAAGUGCCCUAUAACAAACCUAUUCCAGUCAUUCUUAGUUUUUCAUUGAAUGAAAACAGAUAAAUGUUCUGUAAAGCUUUGUGUAAUUUUCAUAUGUAGCACAGAUGAAAUUCCACAAAUAGUUGAGUAGGAAGCAAACUGAUUUGCUUAAGCAGUAAGGCAUUAGGAGUCUGGAAAUGAAGGGUAACUUGUGUCCUCUUCAGCUAUUACUCUACAGGUUUUGGAAAGUUAAAAAUACAUUUAUUCAGUUUGUAUCAUUUUUGUCUCAAAAAAGAUAGAAAUUAACACAUGCUUUGUCUUUGCAGAUAGGUGCAUUCAAACUCCAGCUGGUUGUUAAUAAUAAGGUACUCCUGUGUUUUUGGAAAGCAGUAUGCAUUUGAACACCAGAUCCCCCAAAAGUACUUUUUGCUCCAUUGAUAAAAACCUUCCAGAGCUUAGAUCCCCAUGACAAGAGAUGAAAAAAAUCAAGAGACACUCUCAGUUCUUGUGUCAAAAACUACAUUCUAAUUAAGGCACAGAAACAAGCAUUUUUCCUUGUUUACGAUGUGUAUUUUAAAACGUUGCUCAGUUGUUGCCUGCAGUUUCACAUUGCUUUGAUGUGAUUUUUCAUUCUGCUAGCAAAGUCAGCUUGGACAAAAGAAACUAUCUAAUUAGACCAUCACCAUUUGCAGUAAGUGGCUGACACCUAACCCUAUCAGGAAUGUGAUACCAGACUUUUUCAACUGAGGUUUACAUUCAAAGCAGACUUUAAUUAUACCAAUAAACAUAAAAGCUUGUAUCAACAAUCGGGCAUUCUGUCCUACACAGUGUGUGUAUUUAUCUCUAAUGGAAAUGUCACCCCCUUAAAUCCCAAGCAUCUCAGGUUAUGAAGCAGUAAAAAAAAAUAUUUGGAUUAUUUUUGUUCUGUUUAAUUGUUAGAAGCAUUUUACUCAAAGGAAUGGCAAAACGUUUCCACUUGCAGGGCGCAAGUAAUUGUGCGAAUUUAACAAAGCAGUGUCUUAUUUUACUGUCCAAACUCCAGCAUUUUGCCCUUUCCUUUGUUUAGAUCCCUCACCAGCUGUUAAGUUGACUGGCUGUUGUAUUUUACUUAUUUUUCUGGGUAAUCUUGGACUCUCUCAAGCAGUGUUACUGCUUGAUUCUGUAGUAGUUGGCCGAGAGGCUUAUGAGCAGGUAUCUUACUAAGGCAAGAUGAGGAAAAAAGACUGACUUCCUAACACCUGGCAGGUCUGCUGGCAUAUCAGAAACUACCACAUGGCUGUAGAAAGCUCCUGCAGAAACAACAGUGUUCCAAAACUACAUUUCCAGUGGGCUUUUUGCUUUGGUGUAGAGCUGAUUUGGAUUUGAAUAUUGGUUGUAAUAAUUAAAAAAUUCAGAAAGUACAAGAAUGGUUUGUAGGACCAUACCAUUGACAAGAUGAGCUGUUUGGGUUUUUUUAAACAGAUCUAUUCAAGACAGUAAAGGUCAGACUUUUGAGGUUCCUGAGCAUGAUAUUAGUGGCAAGAAGGUGUCUGAGCUUCUUUAAACACCUAGUAGGCUUUUAUCUGUGUCUACAAAUUUUUUGCAAAAUGUCUUCCCUUAAAUGAUAUGCACAAGACAUUAUUAAAAUGAAUAGUGGUAAAUUUGUAAGCAGGGUGAGUACCUCUUUUGUGGUUUUGCAUGUUCCCUGAAGGAGAAAAGGGAAGGUUAGUAAUACUGGUAGAUUAGUACUGACUAUUUAGUUGCUGUGCGUUAUACAUUUUGAGAUUUUUAAUUGCAGAUACAAAAUCUUGACUUCUAUUCUGAUCACUUUAAGUUCACUUGAGCACAACAAAUGGGGCAUUCUAGUUGUACCUGUUUUCAGUCAUGGUAAUCAUUCUUUCUGUUCGACUUUUAGGGUGUUUUGGAGGAAAUCUCUGAUCUGAAUACAACUCUUGGGAACAGAUUCUUAUGCCAUUUUCUUUGUAAGCAGAGUGUUAAGAGGCAGACGUGGGCAAAAAGGGAGUCACUAAAAACUGUUCAGAGUGUGUGAUCUCAUAGUCACAGAGAAAUACUGAACUGUACAUGACUGCCUAGCAAAACCCAUGCUUUUUUAAUGUACGUUGACCAUAAUUAGUUCUGAGUAUCUUCAAAUCUUCCUCUAGAUUCCCAUAUUUUGGGCCCAGAAGCUGCUCUUUACUUUGAGAGGCAUCCUAUGUGCUGUCAAAUUCCCAUUCUAUUCUCCAUCUUAUUUUCCCACUCUUUACUAUUUACAUUUCUGGGUGAAUACAUCCUUGAGAAAUGCUGUGUCUGCAUACAGACUAUAGGCUAGAAAAAGUAAGAGAACUGGCAGGAUCAACCAGAGGCAUGUAUUGGGACACAAAAGUCCACCUUUGAUGGAGAACCCUUUCAACUCUGUACCUUGUAAUGAAGAAAAAGAGAUAGCCAGCUAGCAGCAGCUGUUAGCAACAGAACCCCAGAUAAAGUAAUCUUUAACCUGUUUACCGUUGAGCUGUCAGCAGCUCGGAGACAACAUCUCCCAGCUGGCACACUACCACCGAGACCCGUUAGCCCUGUACAUGCUAAGUCUUGUGUGAGCCACCACUGGUACUGGUGGCAGGCAUGGUGGUCCUUGGGUACCUGCUAGAACCCAAGAGAAAAGCUGGGAAUGGCACAGAUGUGUCCUUGCUCUUGCUUCUCUAGCAACAGCCUUGGCACAGGUGGCUGUAGUGUUUCUGGUUUUCAUAUAAGCAACAUGACAUUCCUCUUCUUCUGCUUUUUCACUCCAUUUAACCUUCUCAUAACAAGAUAAACCAUUCAUAGUUUCAAGACUAUGCUGGGUGAUGUAGAAUGAGUUUCAUCUAGUUUUUGGCAGAACUCUACCAAUUUGUUCAAAGUGCUUUUGGGGAACUGCAGGUGAACCUGUAAGUGCAGGAAAUCCUGACAAGAUGGCAGUGUACCCACUUCUGUGGAAGCUUCCUCUGACAGCUAGACAAAUUGGCCGUUGUUCCAUUUCUUUCGUAUUCAUCAUUAUUUGAGUUCCCGUUAUCCAUAAAAGGGGGAACAACGGUUUCCCUUGAGCUUGAAGGCUCCUAGUUAAAACCAGCUGUUUGUCAGUCUGUGUUGCCCCAAAUAAAUAUUUCUGGUAGCAAAAUCUUCUCUGCACCAGACCGAUAUACUUAAUUUUUAACUUAGAUGCAAGAAUUAAAGAAAACCAGAAGCCAAUUUUGGAAAUAUAUCCUGAAAACCCUUAAAGCACUCAAAUUUGUGGGCUUAUCAGCCAGGCACUGCCUGGACAUUAGCUUAUGUGCCUUUACAUCUAGUUGGAGGAUCAGGGCUUUAGUUUGCAGUAUCUAUAGGGGCUGGAAGGUGAAAUGGAAUCAGCUUCAGAGAAUUUGGGAUGGAUUUGGCUCGUGAAGUAUGGUGCAGUGGAAACUUGCAGAGCUCUUCCCUACUCACCUCUCUUCCUCCUGGGAUUAUGUCCAUUGCUCAUGUGCCCUCUGACUAAGGGAACUGGCUGCACGAUGCUUUUUAACUAGGCUGAUUUGGGGCCUCUUGAUGUGAGGUGUCGUGGUUGUGAGGUUGUCAUAGUGGACAGGUUAGCAGCUGUCACACUCAGUCUGCCGGCAAAUCAUCUUCUCUCCAACAGAACUGCUUAUAGUUCUGUCAAACUACAGUAAAAGAACAACUGGUACCUAUGAAUGUAGCCCUUAUAGAGCAACUAUGCAUUUUGUUAUAGUUACAUAUUUAUUCAGUACUUCCCUUUCUUAUUUGCUCUCAGUUUGGAAAUAAACUUUCUUUUAAAACAAUUGUGUUAAUGCUGUUUAUUUCCUUCUCCGUUCUUUUUCCCUGUUCUCUCUUACCUUUGUUUUCACUUCAGAAGUACUUCCUUCUCUGUACAAACCCUGAAUUGAUCCAUUUUACUUUGUCCCACUUAAAACUUAUGCAGUGAUUAGCAAUUCAUUAGUAAAAGUCUAUGCAACAGGGCUUCUGAAUUUCAGUUUGCCACUUACUUUUACUAAAUACUGUGUCUGUAGAGUGCAGCACCAGUUAUAUUUGGGAAGAAAAUUCUAGCUUCGAUAUUUCAGAGGGAGGGAUUUAUUGAAAGCUUAAAUUCUUUAAUGUUUUUCAAAGAAAAGGAAACUUCAGAUAUGACUGAAGCAAAGCACAACUGGUGGCUGGGUUGUUAUGAGUCACUUACUAGAAAAUUGCUCUGCAUUUCCCUCUGUGGGAUGUUAAUUGAGAAAGAGAUGGUGGUUGUAUUUUUUAAUAGUUUUCUCUUACAUCAUCUGUUCUAAAACUCAAAUGCUUCAAUUAGUAUUUGCUGUACAGUGCAUUUCAAUUUAAAAAAUGAGUCUUUUUAAUGGAACAUUAUUGUGAUUCUAAAUUACUGCACACCAAGUCUGUUACAGCACUUGGCCUGAUGUAGUCUUAUCUCUGUAAAUGCUAUCCAAUCCCUUUUUCAUGGGCUACAUUGGCUACUUUCCUUUUUCUCAAACUAGUUUUCAGGAGGCUUCCAUAAUCUCAAAAGUUGUGUUCUAGCUCGCUAUUGCUUGUCCUGAAAACGAGAACUAUCUUAAGCUUUCAGGCCAUUGAAACUGUGAGAAAUAAGUCCGGAUGCGAUAUUUAAGCAGAAAUGUUUUUAUGUACAAAAGGAAAGGGCAGUGACCUCCUACCUUGAGGUGUCAGAGCUCCAAGCAAAACCAUUUAGCUCGGCAGGCACAGGGAAUGUAUGCAAGUACAGAGUUAUAUUGACACCUGGUCCGCUUAGCCAAAUUGAUUUAAAAUGCUCUUAUGUUCAUACAGUGCUUGUGGACGGGCAGUCGCCCCAUGCAUGCUGCUGUUUCUGUCCCUGCAGGGUACUGGUGAGAGCCAUUUGGGACAGCUGUGCUGCCGUGCACAGCAGCUUUCCGUGAAGAAAUGGGUGUUUUGAGGCACAGUAGGUUAAAAAAGGAGGAAUUGCUAGCAGAACUUGAGUAUGGGACACUAGCAUCCCCAUGGUGUUUCUUACAUCCCCAAAACACACUGGCUUGGGGAGUGGCAGUUGUGUGAGCAGCACCGGUGUGAAAAGAGGAGAAAAAAGCACUUCAGUAUUUUCUAUUGGGCCUCAAUAGAAAAUCCACCUAAAAAUAAUUACCUAUUGGAGAUACAGGUGUCCCAUUUCAGCUGGCAGCAUCAAAGGGCCUUUAAGCCCCACUUGUGAACCCCAGCCCUUCAGCAACUGGAAGCUCUGUGCCCUGGCUAUAGGAGCCUGAACCAUGUCCCAAGAUUCUGCGCAUGGACACCAGAGACCAGUGGCCCAAGGAUAGGAUGAGAUAGGCAAACAACAGAAAGAUGGUCAAGUACAAACUUCUAUCUUCUAUUAGCGGGGCCUUCAGUGUUUUAGUUUGUUGUCUUUAGAGCCGCUCCCUACAGAAGUGUGCUGAUUGCAGCAGGGUUUUGUUCUUCAGAUGAGGAAGGAGGCAGCAAAGGGACUGUGUGGCAGGGAAGUGAAGCCCUGGCACUACCCACAUCCAGUGGACAGAGAGUAACCUCGCUUUCUUCAGGUUGCUACAGGCUUUUGUGCCUGGGGAAAAAAAACCCACAUUGUUUCAGGCCCCUUGCUACCCAAGGGGUUCAGUUUAAGGUGCCUGAGGACAGGAGUAUAUCUCUUGGGGCACACUUAAUCAGGAGAGAGAAAAAGCACCUGAAAGAUGAAGCUGGGGGUCCGUGGCAAAUCACAGCAGCCUUUUGGUUCCUGUGAGAGCAACUGCUAACAGCGCUGCCUGUGGUGCUCCUGCACUGUAAACCAGUUUGUUGAGCAGACCAGUCUAGUGGGACAUGUCCCUGCCCAUGGCAGGGGCUUGGAACAAGAUGAUGCUUAAGGCCCCUUCCAACCCAAACCAUUCUGUGAUUCUGACAGUGCAUUUGGAGCCUGAGAGAAUUAAUUGGUAAGUUUUGCUGCAGCUGCUUUGUAUGUUUAAUUAUCACAGCACAUAAAUCUGCCUUAUAAGAUGUAGUAGCUAUUUUAGGUUAACAGAUAGGGCUGUGAGAAUUAAUUAUUAAUAUGCUUAGUUGUCUUCUAAGAUGCAGCUGAUGAAGAUUACUUGAAGGGAGUCUCCGGACAUGGCUGGAUAAUCCAGAAAAAUAGUAUGCAUUCUUUGAAGAUUUAUAUGGUUCUUAAUCUAAAACUAGUAUAACAUACCCACUGCUUUUGUAAGAUGUUAUGCCU